UCAUUGCUUUUCGACUGGUGGCAAAACACGGUCAUACUACAGCUCUGCAUUACUGUUACAGGCUGAUCCUCUGCGCAACAACUAUGAAUGUUUCCGGGGAGGAGAGAGAGAGCUUCUAUGGCACUUCUGGAGCUCUGUGGAAUUAUUCUCUUUCCAUUUUUUACAUCCUGAUUUUCAUCAUCGCAGUGCCUGGGAACAUCUUGGCCCUGUGGGCCUUCUUUCACCAGAAAACCACAUCUCCAUCAAGAGUCUUCCUGAAAAACCUCUCUGUAGCCGACAUAUCUUAUGUCCUCGUCUUACCCAUGCGCAUAAUUUACCACCUAUCUGAUAACCACUGGCCCUUUGGAUACAUCAUCUGUCAGCUGUUAGGCUUCUUGUUCUAUCUAAACAUGUACUGCAGUCUCUACUUGAUGAGUUUCAUCAGCCUGGACAGGCUCCUGGCUGUGGUUAUACCUUUAAAGUCACAAUCAUUCAGGAAGCCUUUGUAUGCAAAUGUAGCGGUUGGCAUACUGUGGGUGAUGGUUAUUGUUUGCAUGACUCCUACACUCUUCUCUGGAAGAAAACAAACCAACUCAUCUGGCAUUUGUAACAAACUGUACUUAGAAAAGACAAAUCCAACAGCUUUAAUUUCCACUAUUGUGGCAUUUGCAAUUCCCCUCGUCACUAUAGUGGUUUCAUACAUACUGAUCCUGCUGAAACUAAGAACAGUGCAGCAAAAGGAAGAACGACCAGUGAAAGACAAAGCUAUAAAAAUGAUUAUACUUAUUGUGAUGAACUUCCUGUUCGCAUUUGUGCCCUACCAUGUGUGCAGGAUAAUCUACAUUCAACAGCAGAGCCAUGGAAAUAUUACUGAGGGGCUGAGAAAAGCCAAUCAGAUAACAUCUGCACUCACCUGUAUCAGUGGUAUACUGGAUCCUGUCAUGUAUUUCUUUUUGAACCGUCUAUACAGGAAAACAUUUCUUAAGCUGUUCUGUAAAAAUAGGGAAGAUGUCAUAUAAAAAAUGCAAAUGGAAAAAAAAUGAAGGUAGUGCAUACCAUGUUAAAAACAUCAGCGUGGUUCCUAUAACACCUAACCGCAAAUCAGAUAAACUGCACUUCCCCUCAUUAUUAGGCAUCGACUUUGAAAUUGUCAGAAUUAGCCAGUACUUGUUUAGGGAACUAUAAUAGGUCAAAGAUAAUUUGUCAGUUUGGGACCUGUUAGCUUUCUAGCACUGAAGACUGAGACAUUUUUUUUUUUAAAUUUAUUUACAUUUUUUGAAAUUCUGUUUUUAUUUUAUUCUAUUUUUAAUUUUUAUUCUCUGAAUUACUCAGAAAUCUUAUCCCCAAAGGAGUGAAACAUCUAAGCUUCUGCUUUACGAUACUUUAUUUGUCACACAAAAGGUAACUGUCACGGUCCUGGGUCGGUUCGACCCAGCAUUUUGUGUUUCUUAUGUUUUGGUUUCGUUUUGCAUUAGUUCUUCUCUGGGGAUGCUGUUUUGAUAUUAAUUACGUUCUGUUUCGUUAGCUGUCUGAUGAUGAUGAUGAUGAUUAUCAUUGUUUGAGUUCUGUUAUAUAUAUUCUGCCUUAGUCUGUGUCUUUGCCUGUAUAUGAUGUCACCCCGUCUGUUUAUGAAUCUGUUUAGUUCAGCGUCCUGUCUGGUUCCCCGUGUCUGAGUUUCCUGUUUUAUUGUGAAGGUCGGUGUCUUAUGUGAGUGUGCUCAGUUUACGUUUCCCCUGUCCCGUCAGCUCUGAGUCCUCCCAGCUGUGUUGCCCUCCUGUUUCUCAUCCCCUGAUUACCGGUGUGUGUAUUUAAGCCCUGUGUGUUCUCCUGCCUGUUGCCGGUUCGUCUGUGUUACUCCGUGUCAGUCUGCGUUACUGUGUUCCUCGGUGUCCUGUUUCUCGUCUGCGUCUCUCUGCCUCUCACCCCGUUCGUAUGUUCUCAGGUUUGUCAUUUAGCUUUCCCAGUUUAGGUCUUUAGUUUUGUCUUCUCUCUUGCCUGUUUUGCCACCUCACCUCUGUGUAAAUAAAACUUCACUAGCAUUUCAUCUCCUGCUUGCAUCUUGGGUCCUCCUUCCUCCAACACCACACGGCUCGCCUCGGCAGCCGUGACAGUAACUGAAAGUCUGUGACAUCAUUUUCCAAAUAAGAGUCCUAAACUUCAGCGGAAGUAAAAACACUUGUUGCCUCUUGCAGUCUAUUUUGGUUCCAGAGUUCAAAGUUUGAAUAAAGAAUCCCGGUUUUCAUGAAAAAAACAAAACAAAAAAAAACAACGACUUUAAUAAUUACAUUUCAUUGUUAAGAAAUUGUGUGUGUAUGUGUGGGUGGGGGGUGUUCUGGUAAGAAUGCCAAGAGGUUAAAUCCACAUCAGAUGCACAAGCGUUAUUAGGCAGCUGCAUUAUUCAGCAGUAGAACUGUAGGCUAGUUUCCUUCCUGCAGUCUAAAUGUGUUACCUAGUGGAGCCACGUGGUACAUUAUAAAAUGAGACAGAGGGUUAAGGAUAUAAACAGUGUGGUGCUUUCAGUGCCUUAACACCUACAAAAUGUUGCUAAAAAGAGAUGAUGCAACAACAUGAUAAGCAUGCCAUUGUUUUAGCUUUUGUGAUGUUGCUGGGAUCAACACAACAAGAAGAAUGUGCACAUUUUCAGAAUGAGCACAUUCUUCUAUCAAAC